UUUGAUAGGAGUAACAUUCUUAUCUAACCGGGUUACUCAACCAUCCCUUUCCCCUAACGUCUACCUUCCGCACUCUCUCUUUUCUCUCUUCUCUUUUUAUCUUCUUCUUCUCUCUCUCUCUCUCUCAUCCUUUGCUUGCUUCGUCUAGUUUCCUGUUUCCCUCAACCUCAAGGAACCGGAUUAGCAGAUGGCAGGCGUUGGCAGAAGCGAAGAGCAACAUCAGCACCGUACUGCCUCUGCCACCGAAAAUCAUGAGGUGGCAUCUCAAGACAAGAAAUAUGGGGGAAUCGUGCCAAAGAAAAAGCCCUUAAUAUCCAAGGAUCCCGAGCGAGCCUUCUUUGAUUCAGCAGACUGGGCUUUGUGCAAGCAAGGUGCAGGCGCAUGUCAUGAGAAAUCAACGGUUGCUGUGGAGACAUUGCGGCCAAAGCUACAGAGAACGCCUCAUCAGCAAUUGCCUCCUAGGAGGCCAACUUGUACGUCUGGAAGUGGAAGGGAUUCUUCAUAAAUCAUAGCAUAGCGGGUUAGGCUAAAUCUGAAGUCCUUGGUCGAUUACUACUACUAUUUACUGCCACUGGUGGAGUAGAUCUCCUCCAUAGAGAGUGCUAAAGCAGUGAGAGUCACCCCCCCCCCCCCCCACAAAAAAAUAGGGUAGUGAGAGUCAUCUCAUCUCAUCUCAUCUCAUCUCAUCUAUAUGUAGUUCACACUUUAUAACUGCCACCAUGCAUCGAUUGGCGUACGUGUAGUUUGUACUAUUGGUGGUUCAAUAAGUUUUUCUUUCGUAAAUUUUUUUCCUUUCAA